CCACUUAAAAACAGGUUAAGCUGAUAGAGCCAGCCGAACUGUUCGGCAUUCUUAAUCAGUCUGUCGAGGUGGUUACAACUCACAGCGUAGCAGCAUCCAACUCGGAGAAAGCGAUUCUAUUUGGAGAGACAAAGAACUAGUUCAACGCGAUUGAAAUGGCCAAAUUUCUUGUUUUGGGACUGUUUGUUCUGGCGGUGAUCGCCACGAUCGAGGCCGCCUCUUUCGGGCAGUGCCCGCUGGCUUCCAAGGUGCAGACCUGUACCCCGAAGUGUCUAAGCGACGUAGAUUGCAGUGCCAGUGGUGGCAAGUGCUGCCCUAAUACGUGCAACUACAAGUCUUGUGUCAGCCCGAACCAGCUGCAGCAGGGCGCCGGAUCGGGUUCCAACAAGUAUCAAUCUGGCGGAGCCGGAGCCUAUUGCGGUAACGUAAAGUGCAACUCGUACGAGAGCUGCCAGCUGGACAAGACCACCAAACGCCAAAAGUGUAUACGAUCUUAAAACAUUCGCUUUAUUCAUCUGAACAAUAAAUAACUCCAACUAAACAA